GCGCAAGAGGGAGGGACCCCCGGGAGGACAAGCCUCUCCGGCGGUCCGGGCAAGAUGUGAGUCCGGACACUUCUGCACUUGGAGACGCGGGACGCAUGGCGCUGCACGGCAUUUCGGUGCUAGAGCUGGCUGGCCUGGCCCCGGGCCCGUACUGCGGUAUGGUCCUGGCUGACUUCGGGGCGCAGGUGGUGCGUGUGGACCGGCUGGGUGCCCGCAGGGACUGGAGCUUCUUGGCCCGGGGCAAGCGCUCGCUGGCAGUGGACCUGAAGCGGCCGCAGGGGGCGGCUGUGCUGCGGCGCCUUUGCGCCCGGACGGAUGUGGUGCUUGAGCCCUUCCGCUACGGUGUCAUGGAGAAACUCCAGCUAGGCCCAGAGGUUCUGCGGAAGGAGAAUCCAAAGCUUAUCUAUGCCAGAUUGAGUGGAUUUGGCCAGUCCGGAAGAUUCUCUAAAGUAGCAGGCCAUGACAUCAACUAUUUGGCUUUGUCAGGUGUCCUGUCAAAAAUUGGCAGAAGUGGUGAGAAUCCAUUUCCCCCACUGAAUCUACUGGCUGACUUUGGCGGUGGUGGCCUCAUGUGCACGCUGGGCAUCCUGUUGGCUCUAUUUGAACGCACGCGCUCUGGCAAAGGUCAGGUCAUUGACGUAAGCAUGGUGGAAGGAGCCGCAUACCUGAGUUCUUUUCUGUGGAAAUCUCAAGAAACAGGACUGUGGGAAAAGCCUCGAGGACAGAACUUACUAGAUGGUGGAGCACCUUUCUACACAACUUACAAGACGGCAGAUGGGGGCUUCAUGGCUGUUGGAGCGUUAGAGCCCCAGUUCUACAAGCUGCUGAUCAAAGGACUUGGGCUAGAGUCUGAUGACCUUCCUCAUCAGAUGAGCAUGAGUGAUUGGCCAGAAAUGAAGAAGAGAUUUGCAGAUGUAUUUGCAAAGAAGACAAAGGCAGAGUGGUGUCAGAUCUUCGACGGCACAGAUGCAUGUGUGACCCCAGUUCUGACAUUCGAAGAGGUUGCCCACCACGAUCAUAACAAAGAACGGGGCUCGUUUCUCACUGAUGCGGAGCAGGGUGUGAGUCCCCGCCCUGCACCGCUGCUGUCAGACACCCCAGCUGUCCCUUCAUCCAGAAGGGAUCCUUUUGUAGGAGAACAUACUGAAGAGAUACUUCGAGAAUUUGGGUUCAGCCAGGAAGAGAUCAGUCAGCUUACCUUAGAUAAAAUUAUUGAAAGUAAUAAGCCCAGAGCUCAUCUCUAAGUUCCAAGCCUCCUGUGAAUUGAAUUUGAAUAUUCAAUUUGAAUGAAUUUGAAUUUGAAUAUUGCAUGUUCGAUAUAGAAUAAUACAUAAAAUUCUAAGUAUGGAAACAUGAAGGAACAGUGGAUCAACUGUUCUAAUCAAGAAACAAGACUGAUUACUGAUUACUGAUUGAAUUCUGAAAAUGGUUAACAUGGCUUUUGAUUUAGGAAUGUUUUCAGUUUACCACUAUUAAAUGGUAACAGUUUUUCUGCCUUUCAAUUUGAUAGAUUAUAUUUUUAAUAUUAAAAUGUUAAUUGGGUACCUGAGUG